UUAUAAGUGCUGCCCUCCCAGUGCCGGGAUGCGGACGUGGGUUCUUCCUCUGCAUCACAACGGGGUUGUGCUGCCUGCGAAGGUCCCAAAGCCGCUGGGCCCCCGACGCCGCGCUCGCAGGGGAUGUGCCAUGGCAUAGCAUGACUGCUCUUCCCUUCACAUGCCAUGCCCUUCCGCAACAGCUCUGACCUCAGCCCAUCCUCCUUCAUCUUGGCCAGCAUCCCGGGGCUGGAGGCUGCCCAUUUCUGGAUGUCCAUCCUCCUGUGCUCCAUGUACAUCCUGGCGGUCACUGGGAAUUGCGUAGUCAUGCUCAUUGUGAAGAUGGAGCCCGGCCUGCACGCGCCCAUGUACUUCUUCCUCUGCAUGCUGGCUGCCAUCGACCUGGCCUUGUCCACUUCCACAGUGCCACGCAUCCUCUCCUUCUACUGGUUCGACAGCAGGGAGAUCAGCUUCGGUGCUUGCCUUGUCCAGAUGUUCCUCAUCCACACCCUCUCGGCCGUCGAGUCCACUGUGCUGCUGGCCAUGGCUGUGGACCGGUACGUGGCCAUCUGCCACCCGCUGAGGCACGCUGCCAUCCUCACCAACGCCACGACAGCCAAGAUAGGGCUCGUGGCCAUGGCCCGGGGGGUCCUCUUCUUCCUGCCGCUGCCUUUGCUGCUCCUGCCCCUGCCGUUCUGCAGCUCUCGGAUGCUGUCGCACUCCUUCUGCCUGCACCAGGACGUGAUGAACCUGGCCUGUGCCAACACCACCCCCAACGUGGUGUACGGCCUCACCGCCAUCCUGCUGGUCAUGGGGCUGGACGCCGUCCUCAUCUGCCUCUCCUACGUCCUCAUCCUCAAGGCUGUCUUGCGGCUGGCAUCAUGGAAGGAGAGGGUGAAGGUGUUCGGCACCUGCGUUGCCCACAUCUGCGUGGUCCUGGCCUUCUACGUGCCCCUCAUUGGGCUGUCCGUGGUGCACAGGUUUGGGAAGGACCUGGCUCCACUCGUCCACAUCAUCAUGGGGAACGUCUACAUCCUGGUGCCUGCUGUGCUCAACCCCAUCAUCUAUGGGGUGAGGACCAAACAGAUACGGAGGAGGAUCCUGAGUUUAGUUCAUAUCUAUGACAGAACUGCCCAGUGACCUGUGCCCUGCUGCUGCCUCCUGCACCCUCAUACUAGACAGUCUUGUUUUACACUUGGAGUCCUUUGUGCAGGACUGUUCAUUGUAUGGCACAUAGCACAUGGUAGGAGACUGAGGUGCUGCCACAAAGCAAAAAGCAAAUAGCAAUUGUAAACUCCUGCCGAGAGUCUUUACACUCACCAAGCUUGGAGACAAUCAUGGAAUAGUUUGUGUUGGAAGGGAUGUUAGAGCUCAUCCAGCUCCAACCCCCUGCCACGGGCAGGGACACCUUCCAACUAAACCAGGUUGCUCCAAGCCCUGUCCAACUUGGCAUUGAACUGCCAGGGAUGGACUCUACCACAAUGACCUAAACCCAACCCUGAUCCAGCAGGUAACACAAUGGGAAGGAUAAGGGGCUCAGCAAACUAAUAAGGAUGUCUUGACUUUUUGCUUCUUUGUUCCUGUAUCACCCAUAAUAGUGGCAGAACUGAGUGAAUGUUACAGUGGGGUUUGACUGGCUUUUGAGCGAUAAUUCAUGGUUUCCACUUGUGUCCCAUUCACUUUAUGGAGGAGCUGAUAGAGAAGGAGGAAAGAGGAAAAUAAAAGUUAUAGAACAUAUAAAUCAGCACUGAUGACACCAUGCACAUGGAAGUGUGCUUGAAGGUCUAAGAUUUGAAGUGAUUUAGUGUUAGGCCAGCUUGUGCAGGUUUUUAUCCAGUUGGGUUCUAAAAGCCUUCAAGGAUGGAAGCAGCACAACCCCUCUGGGCAUCCUUCCUUUGCAUUGCAAGUGCUUCUGCUGCCCCUGUACUUGCUGCAGUAAUAAAAGCAAGUUCAGCUGCGAGCAAUAACUAAACUUUUCAAGAAAAAGAGGGAAAUACGUGGCAUGAACAACAAGUUGCAUCAGGGAGGACAGGAGGUCUUCCUAAGGGCUUCACUCAGGGGUUCUCGCACCUUGCCCAUAACUUCUAGGUGAGCUAGAAGAGGUGUCUUACCAAAGGUAGGC